AUGGCCAACAACAGCCUGAGGGACAUAAUAGUCACUCUGACCACCCUGACGAGGAGCAAAGGCGGGCAUGAACGUCAGCCCGCUCUGCAUACUCACCAUGGCUGCGAUGGCGAUGACGAUACGAAGGCGAAUACCAUGUCCGAUACCCCAUUUGCAUCGACGAGCAACGAUACCUCACGCACCUCCGCACCGCCGAUACGAGCUCCGACAGCUUCAUGA